AUGCAAGAUCCGAACUCCAAGCACAUGCUGAACAAAACGCCGCCGGCGAUGCGGCCUUCCCACCACCGGAGGGCCCACUCCGAGAUGAAUUUCCGGAUUCCGGAGGAUCUGGAUCUGAUGCCCGACCCGUUCGAUGCUCCGGCGGGAAGCUUCGAGGAGUUGGGAUCCGAGGAUGAUCUCUUCUCUACUUACAUGGACAUGGAGAAGCUCGAUAACGGCUCCGCUGGAGGAUCCGGGAUCGGAGAUUCAGUCUUCGAUAAUGCGGCGGCGGGUGAUGGGGGCACGAGCGGUCGCGGCAGUGUUGCUAGGCCGAGGCAUAGGCAUUGUAAUUCGGUGGAUAGUUCGAGCUUGUUAUUUACUGAAAGUUCAAGUAUUGAAGCUAAGAAAGCUAUGGCGCCUGAGAAGCUUGCCGAGUUAUGGAACCUUGAUCCUAAACGCGCCAAAAGGAUAUUAGCAAAUCGGCAAUCUGCUGCUAGAUCGAAAGAGAGAAAAGCUCGUUACAUAUCAGAACUGGAGAGAAAAGUUCAGACCCUUCAAACGGAGGCAACAACUCUGUCUGCACAACUCACCUUGUUCCAGAGAGACACGACAGGGCUGAGUAAUGAAAACACUGAGCUUAAGCUUCGGUUACAAGCCAUGGAACAACAAGCCCACUUACGCGAUGCACUCAAUGAAGCUCUGAAGCAGGAAGUUGAGAGGCUGAAGAUGGCGACAGGUGAAGUAUCAAACUCAUCAGACACGUUGGAGCUGGCAAUGCAACAAAUCCCCUUCGGCCAGCCAACCUUCUUUUCACCCGUGUCUCAGUCAGGGGUUAACGAGUCUCGGAAUGUACAAAUGACACAGUUUCAUAGUAGUCUCCAGGGUCAGGGGGGCUUGCUAAGUCAUCAUCACAAUCAUCAUCAUCAUCAGUACCAUCAUCCCAUGAUUGCGGCAAAUCACGUGCACCAGGACCCUCUUCCUUCGUUUCAGUGUCUCGAUAUCGGCACCCGGGGCCCCUCAAUUUCUGCAACAGAAACCACCACUACAUUCUGA